UGGGAAUAAAGAACAAUCGGGCCGAGCGCCAGACUGGACUCUUAUGCUACAAAAUCAGCUGUGACAUCCAUUUCUCCUCAGAACUGGAGGCUCCCGCAGCACUGCACCAUUUAUCUCUCCUCGCGUUUGCGUAAUUGACCAUGUGUCAGGUCGAAUCAGUGGCUGAAACCAAGGUUGCCACAGAGGACGGAGCGUGCGCUGCGGGCCCUCGGAGCCGCUUCAGUCAAGAGACGAAGCACGCGACAUGAAGGGUGCACAAACAGCUGGGAGCGUCCGCACAGCCUCCGUCCUGCCACUCUGUCAUGGUGAUGACGGACCUUUCACCUUUUCACAAGGGAUUUCUGUACAAAGCCUAUUGGAAGCCCUGGCUAACAAAAUGUAAGGUGGAAAGAAAUAGAUUUCUUUCCAAAUAAAGCUGCUUGUACAGUAGUUGUGCACUUCACCAGAAGCAGAAACACGUUCCCUCGAAUUGACUCAACUUCCCCUCUCUGGUUACUUUCAGUUUAACCACAACAUGUGAAGCUCCAAUGACCUUUUGCGCAUCGGUCAGUAGCCAGUAGAUGGUCAACUUAGUAAAAACUAAACAGGACAAAUAUGAAAAAUGAUCUCAAGAGACUUUAGUAUCCAAAACACAGCUUUUAGUCAACAAAACAGGUGAGAAUAAAUAAUUGAUUGAGAAUUUCUACAAAACUCUACAAUUUAAAUUAUGUAAAUCGUAGAGUAAACAAUGAAGCAACUAACCAAUAACACCAGGAUCAAUAAUGAACGACUGACACAAACAGCUGCAGAUGCUUCGCAAUGUUUGCGCUUCUCGCAGUUGUGUUCGCGCUAUUAAUAAUGAAGCAGAGAGCAACGAUCCGCCGACGCCGUGUAGUUCAAACGGAAGGCGCCGGACUACAUUUCUGAGCCGCGCGUGACGUCACAGGCAGGCGCCCGGCUCCCGAAAACACGUGAUCGGUUGCCGUCGGUUCCUCUUUUUAUGGAGGUGCGCGUGAGCAGGUCGCGGGAAGCCACUCGCCAUGGCCUCCUGCUGCCUGCGCGCGUGGAGCCUGUGGCUGCUCUGCAGCUGCGCGGCCUCUCCGCCGAACUUCGUGCUGCUGUUCGCCGAUGACCUGGGCUUCGGGGACCUGGGCUGCUACGGGCACCCCAGCUCCCUCACGCCGAACCUGGACCGCCUGGCUGCGGCGGGGCUGCGCCUUACGGACUUCUACUGCACCAGCCCGGUGUGCAGCCCGUCCAGAGCGUCGCUGCUGACGGGCCGCUAUCAGACCCGCUCAGGUAUCUACCCAGGGGUGCUGUACCCCGGCUCUGUGGGUGGGCUUCCUCUGAAUGAGACCACCAUCGCCGAGGUGUUGAAGCCUCUGGGCUACGCCACCGCCGCCGUGGGGAAGUGGCACCUGGGACUCGGCGCCAACGGGACCUUUCUCCCAACUAAACAGGGCUUCGACCACUUCCUGGGCAUCCCCUACUCCCACGACAUGGGCCCCUGCCAAAACCUGACGUGUUUCCCCCCAGAUGUGAAAUGCUUCGGCGUGUGCGACGUGGGCACCGUGACCGUGCCUCUGAUGUACGGCGAGGUCAUCAAGCAGCAGCCGGUCAACUUCCCGGAGCUGGAGAGCGCGUACAGUGACUUCGCUGUGGAUUUUAUCACCGCGUCAGCCAAGAACAAGCAGCCUUUCUUCCUCUACUACCCGUCCCACCAUACCCACUAUCCCCAGUAUGCGGGUGCGGGGGCCGCUGGCAGGUCUUUAAGGGGCCCUUUCGGAGAUUCUCUGUUGGAGUUUGACAACACUGUGGGAAACCUGAUGACAACUCUGAAGAAGACGGGAGUUAUCAACAACACACUGGUCUUCUUCACGGCUGAUAAUGGGCCUGAACUGAUGCGUAUGUCUCGUGGGGGCAACUCCGGCGCUCUGAAAUGCGGGAAAGGCACCACAUAUGAAGGGGGCAUGAGGGAGCCGGCCAUCGCCUAUUGGCCGGGGAGGAUCCAGCCAGGUGUGACUCAUGAGUUGGCCAGCACUCUAGACAUCCUCCCCACUAUUGCAAGUCUGGCAGGAGCCACACUGCCCAAGGUGAUGCUGGAUGGAGUCGACAUGACAGAAAUCCUUGUCAAACGAGGAAAGAGCAAAAGGGAGGCAAUGAUGUUCUAUCCCGUUGAUCCCAGUGAAAAGUAUGGCCUGUUUGCUCUCAGGCUGGGGAAAUACAAGGCCCACUUCUAUACACGAGGCUCCUCCCACAGCUCUACAGUCCCCGACCAGGACUGCUCUGUACUCACAGCCCUCAAGUUCCACGACCCGCCUCUGAUUUUCGACGUGGAGGCCGACCCUUCAGAGAACUACCCCCUUUCUUUAGAGGAAAGACCCGAUCUGCAAGAUGUGCUGAAGAGGAUCAAGGCGGUGAAAACCCAGUUCGAAGCCUCCAUGGUGUUUGGAGAGAGCCAGAUAUCAAAAGGAAGCGACCCGAACCUGCGGCCUUGCUGCAACCCCGAGUGCAGCCCCAAGCCCAGCUGCUGCCACUGCUGACAGGCCUCCUGCUGCUCCGAUGACGGCUCUGCUCACUCUCGGCACAAUCAGCCUUUCUAACUAUCUUUGAACCAACUCUGAUUGAGUCAGAUCAGGUGAUUGUAGGCUCAAUCAAUCGCUAUCUAAUAACCCAGCUAAUAACCCUUUCUUUCACCCAGCGGUGCAUUCACUGUCCUGUUGGAAAACAAACGAUGGUCCCACUAAGUGCAACCCAGAUGGGAUGGGACUGCAUGAUGCUGCUUGAGUGUGUCAUCAAUUUUGACCAAGUCAUGAACAAUGUCACCAGCGAAGCCGACCAUACAUCUCUAUAGUAGGAACCACACACUGAGGAAGCAUCAGAGGCUGGUAAUUCUGAUGAAUCUAUCCUCUGCAGCAGAGCUACUCAAACUCUUGGUCUUCCUUUGCUGUGACAGUCAUGAGAGCUUGUUUCAUUAUUGCUUUGGAAAAAAGCUUCCAUUUCCAUUUUGUUCAAAGCUAUGUAGAUCUAAACAAUAACAACAACAAUGCGUGUUUUGGACAUCAAGCAUAUAUUUUAUUCGUAAGACCAAACCCAUGACAAGGCAGAGUGAUUUUUUUUUCCUUUUUUUUCUGUUUUCCCUUGAAUUUUACAAGUCCUUGAAUUUAAAGAUACAAGGUAGGAUAUGUUUGUUCUGUCACAUACGGUUUUGCUCUAGGUAUACAGUGAAGAAUCUUGUUAAUGUAAUAAAGUCAAAACUGUUAA